AUGGCCCCACAAGUCGCUCGGGGAUGUUGGACCUGCAAAGGGCGCAAGGUCCGCUGCGACCGCAGCCUCCCGCACUGCAAGACAUGUGCAAAGUCGAACCGCGAGUGCCAGGGCUACGGCGUGCGCCUGUCAUGGCCGCGGGAGCACGACCCGAAGCGAUCUCUCCUGGGGCCUGCCCCUCUCCCUUCUCGAUUGCGCCUGGCCGACGUGGACGACAGCAGCAGCAGCGAUGAUGACAACCAGAGCGCCGGCUCCCGGCCCCGGCCCCCGAGGGCAUACUACUUCGUGCAGGCGGGCUCGGGGGCUAUCGAGGUGUACCGCGACAUGCUCGACUCGAGGCAGGACCUCCAGAGCUGGCAUGCAUACGCGCAGCUGGUACGGCCAAUGAUGGGCUCGCCGCAUACCUUGAACUGGAGCACGCUGAACAUGGGAGAGGCCGGAAAGUCUCUUAUGCAAUACUUCUACAACAUCGCGUACACGAGCAUACCGACAUUCAGCGCCUACUCGACAUCGGUACGAGGCCUGCUCGUGCGCAUGGCCUUCAGCAGUGACAGCCUGCCGGCACAAGCACUGCGUCAUGGCAUGCUGGCCCUCGCCAGUGUGCAUCGCCGAGAUCAUACGGCCGUCAUCACGGGGCACGAGCGCGCUGCACUGCGCGCCUUGGCCGCUUCGGUGGCCGACGUCCACGGAAACCCCGCCGAGGCAGCGCGGCAUAUAGCUGCUGUCAUGCUCCUGUCCACUCUAUACUUCCACGGGUGCUGGUCGACGGGCAAUGAGUGGAUCGCCUACCUGCGCGGCGCGCGCGAGCUGAUUGAGAAGUGCCAGUUUGACGCCAUGGUCUGCGACAGUGACGACAUCUCGGAGCUCAUGGACUGGGUGUAUCAUCAUGAUGUCUUCUCGCGCUACACCAGCCACCACUGGCGCCGGGCCGAGGGCAACCCCCACCGCCGCCUUGACCAAGUGCCAGAGUACCAGAUCUUUAACCAUCCAUUACAAUCGGCCAGGCAGGGUCGAAAUCUCCUGGGGUCGUUCCACGAGGUCUUUGACUUUAUGCUCGAUGAACCCGCGGCUCUGGGAAGCCCUGAGAGCCUUGACGCCGCCGGCUGUGAUGCAGAGAUGGCCCGGCUGGUCCGCCUACAGGAGCGUCUGCGAGACCUCCGCUACGUGGCGCCACCGCCCCGGCAACGCCCAGCCGAGCGCUUUUUGGAAUUGGGCGCCGAAGAGGCAGAGGCCGCCCGGCAGGACGACGCCGACACACCUGCUGUGUUUGAGCUGUACCGGCUCUCCGCACUCGUGGCUCUGGCCCGCGUGGGCGAGUCGCGCUUCGGGCAGCAGACCGAUGUUGACAGCCUGCUGGAACAGGCAGUCGAGGUUAUGAAGGGACUCGAGACGUGCCAGCGGCAGUUCCCGUUGCUCGUGCUGGGGAGCCAGGUGGUGACGGACGAGCAUCGGCGCGUUGUGAUGGACCUGCUGACACGAAGCGUGGCGAGCGAGACUGGCCGCAAGAUGAUGUGCCUACAGAGUUCCGUCAAGUUCUCGUGGGUGCAGAUGGACCUGCACGCCGACCAGAACAUGGUGUUUGAGUUGGGAGUGCUCAUGAGGACCUUGUGCGGCAACUGCUUGUCGGUGCCGAGUCUGGCCUGA